AAGCGCUUAGUCCGGUGCUCUGCACCCAAGCCCCCCACGCGGCCUGGCACGCUCCAGCCCGGAGCGGGGCCGUGGAGGAGCCAGGCCGCCUCCAUCCCGGUGGUUUUCCCCGGCGAUGGGCGGCCGUUAGGGGCCGGCGGGGACGGACGGACGCUGGAGCCCGGCCGGACCACCAUGGUGAUGACGCCGACUCAGACCCUCGCCCCCCAGCCUGCCGCCCCACUACCCUGCAGGACCUCGGACCCCGAGCCGCUCUCUCCAGGGAAGAUGAGUCAAGGAGCCACCCUGCUGUCCCACGGAGUCACGGGUAAGUAGCUCGAGCUUCUCGGGGCCCAAGCCGACCGGUGGAGAGACGGCGACAGGCGCUGCCCUCUUCAGCUGGCCCCGCCUGGCCCCGGGCUCUGGGACUGCCUGCCCGUCGCGGGGGAGGAAGCCGCGGCCGCCACCUGCUCCGUCACCAGCCUGAUCGGAGGCCUGAGCCUGAGUGACCGCGGAGGCGGCCCUCCCGCCCCGCCUGCCUCGACGGCACCCCCCAGCAAACGGCCCUGCCGGCCGCUCUCCUUGUCCGACGAGCUGGCCGGCCGUCGGGCGGCCUGGAGGCCUCUGGGCUCCCGGGUCUGGACCCCGGUGGAGAAGCGGCGCUGCCUCAGCGGGGGCGGCGUCCGGCGCAGCUCCAGCUUCAGCCUGCCCUCCAGGGCCAGCCCGCUGUCCGGGUCCUGGGGCCGGGCCCCGCCGGGGGGGCACCGGGCGGAGCUGCAGCGCUCCCUGUCCUGCUCCCACGAGCCGCUGUCCGGCCCGGAGUGGCCGGCCUCCACGCCCGAGGCGGCCAGGCGCUCGGCCGGCCUGGCCCGCAGCCGCUCCCAGCCCUGCGUCCACCACGACAAGAAGGCCGGGAUCAAGCGGCGCAGGCCAGCGGGAGCCUGGGGGCCGAGGCCGUCGCUGGACCUGGCCAAGAUGACCCAGAACUGUCAGACGUUCAACAGCCUCUGCGGCCUGAGGUCCCCGGGGGAUGACCGCCGCCCGCAGACUCGGGCGCCCACCGGCCCCAGCGCCUCGCCGCCCGCCUCCCAGGGCACCCGGGCCCGGACUCCGGCUGGAACUCCACCCGCCGACCCUCGAGCCCGCGGCGGCAGGGAGCCUGCGGCCUCCCGGGCCGGCCCGGCCGUCGAGGAGCCGGCCCGCCGCACCGUCGCGGCCCAGCACGGUGGGCCGUGGGGCCGGGCCGGGGCCACCCGGAGUGGAGGCCACCCCGGCGGGGACCCCGUCUUUCCGCUGGACGAUUGUGAGCCCCUCGUGGGACCUGGUGAUCUUAGCUCUUAGUGCAGUGCUCAACACGUAUGUCCUCGUGUUCCUAGUCCCGUGGCGCCGGCUCCUGUGGCCGAAAGAGUUACCCGUAUUCCCGACCGUCCCGAGGCCUGCGUUCCCGUGCCCGGAGAGGAGCUGAGCGGAUUCCGGCCCCGCGGGGAGAGCCGAGCAGGACAGGAACUCGGUUGCUUCUGCUCAGGUAACGGGUGCCAUCGAGGGUCCGGGGCAGAACGGACAGGGACAGGGGACAGCGUGGACGAGAGAGCCAGACUCAAGUGGAGUCCCCCUAGCACUGAUGUCCACAUUACCCAUUACAUCAGUGUAAUUUAUUUUAAUGUCCGCUUCCCCCUCGGGACCGUGUUGGUCGAGCGCGACCAGCGACUUGACCCCUGCCCGGAGUCGGGGUCAGGGGUGGCGAGGGGAUGGGGGGAGGGUCUCGGUUGGCACCGCCAGUUCCGGUCACCCCUUCCGGCCUCGUUUCCCGUGUGGAUCCGAGGGGCCUCUCCCGUCCCAGCCACCACCGGCCGGACCCCGGCCCGACCCCGGGCAGACCAGGGCGUUUCUGCCUGGCGGUGGCGGCGGUGGUGGCCCGGUGGAGCGGAGGAGUGGGAAUGUUGUCGGGCUCCAGCCCCCCUGAAGGGAAGCAGCUCCCGAGAGAGGAAGACCCGGGGCCUGGUGGGAAUCGCUCGCUCCUUGCUGGGAUUCUCCUCGGAGACGGUGCCAGCCGGUCACUCAGAGAAAGGGAGGAAGCUGUCAGGUGUGGCCUACCGGCCACACGAAGCACCCUGA